AGGCGGCCUUCUACCCGGAAGGUGCGGGACUCCGUGGCGGCGGCAAAAAUGCUUGGCGCUAGAGCAGGCUGCCUCCUACCCACCGACUGCUCGCGCCGGCUAGUGGCGGAGGUGCAGGGCGCCCUGGAUUCCUGCGCCGAGAGGCAGCGGCAGUUAGAGCGGAGCCUGCGCGUUUCCAGGCGGCUGCUGCAAGUCUGGGAACCAGCCAGGACCCCAGCUCCAGAGCCAGAAACCAAGGAAGAAGCCCCAACUCCAGCAUGCACACCGAGUGCUCAAGACCUCAAGGAACUGGAGCUUCUGACCCAGGCACUGGAGAAGGCUGUACGAGUGAGGAAAGGCAUGUCUAAGGCUGGACAAAGAGAUAAAAACCCCAGUCUGACAUCUGCAUCUAAUGCAGCCACUUCUGGUGCCAGUGCCCCUGCCCAUUCCCAGGCUCCCAGCCAGGCCGGCAACCGUGCAUCAGGUGCAAGAUCCACCAAGGGCAUACAACGGGCCACAGUCCCUGCCAAGGACUACCCUGAGCGCAGACUUCUGGCGAAGGGAGAUAGGACCCAUGUGAGAACAGGAACCCAAGCUACCCGGUCUGGACCAGGCCUCAGGGACCAACAAAUGGCCCCAUCAGCUGCCCCUCCUGCCACAGAACUCUUCACACUAAAAGAAAAGGGGACCCUUCUGCAACUACCUGUGGCCUUCAGGAAGGCAGCUUCCCAGAAUUCCCGUCUGUGGGCCCAGCUCAGCUCUAUACAAGCCAGUGACGCCACAAAUGCCACCAGAGCCGCCAAAACCGACUUCCUCCAAAAACUCCAGGUGGCUUCAGGCUGGUCCAGCCACAGACCCAGUGCUGCAGAAGUGGAGGCACAUGCCCAGAGCCUGAGGAAAGCCUGUUCACUGCUGAGACUUCAUAUGCAGAAGGAGCUUUCAACAGCCCCCACUGACUGGAUGCAGGAGUACCGAUGCCUGCUCGUCCUGGAAGGACUGCAGACCAUGGUUGGGCAGUGUCUCCACAGGAUACAGGCGCUGCAAGCAGCUGCAACAGGACUUGUGGAGAAGCCCGCUCAGGCCUUGUCACGUUGUGGAGGAGAGACGGACUCUUCCUGGAGCCCUGAGCUCCUUCUCUACUCUAACACCAAGGAGCUGCAGACCUUGGCAACCUUGAAGCUCCGAGUGGCCAUGCUGGACCAGCAGAUCCAUCUCGAAAAGGUUCUGAUGGCUGACCUCCUCCCUCUGAUAAACACUCAGGAGCCAGGAGGGCCACCUUGGCUGGCGCUGUGUCGGGCUGCAUACAGUCUGCUCUGUGAAGGAGGUGAGCACUUCCUCACAGUCCUUCGAGAUGACCCCGUUGACUAAGCAGGCUGGGCAGAUAAGCCUCUCUGGGAGAGUCCUCUCCUCUCAGCUGGAGUGUAGUGAACAGGGAUUGAGGGGAAAUUUCCUGUUUGGAGGCGCUAAGAGCACAGAGAUACCGGUAACUUCACUGGGAAAGCUGGGUUCUCCCUCAGCUCCACUUAGUACCAGACUUCCUGGUUGGGGCUUGGCUUUCUGCCUUCCUGGGGAAGCCCUCCUUGGCUCCCUCUACCUUCCCACCAUAAGGCCCUCAAACUACUCAUAUGAUACUAGAACUGUUUUAGGAAGUGUGUGUAUUUAUAUCAUUAUAUCAAAGUAGGGCUUGGUAAGGAGCUUUUCAUGUUCUUGUUCCUUUCUUUGUGCUUUUAAGGAUUUUAUCAGUUAAGGGGCUUGGUGCACACCUGUAAUUCCCCCCCCCACCCCCAGGCUGAGGCAAGAGGAUCCUAAAUUUAAGGCCAGCCUGAAACCCUGUCUAAAUAAAAUACGUAAAGGAAAGAGUAUCUCAAGUAGAAUUUUUAAAGACACAGCUGUCUCUUCUGCAUGAGGGAGGGGAUAUUAACGCGUGCUCUCUGGGACCCUGAAGUCUUCCCCAUGUGCCCAAGUGCUGCACUGAGCCUAUUAAAGACAGGAAGCCACAAGGCACAUGAGAACAGGCUUGACUGCCCACAGCUGCCCCUGCCCCACCCCACUGUCACCUGGUACCAGUUGUGUAGCAGCCUGUGGGGUCGCUGCUCCUGCUGACCAUGCCCGCUGCUGUCAUUGUCACCUCAGAGUCCUCACCCACUAUUGAAGGGACUGUCACUUAGCUCGGAACACGAAAGGACGGGUCAGGGUUGCAGUCUCUGCAGUCCUGGACUAGGGUUUACAUCAGGGAUUUCUUGCUUGGGACUUCCUGCGAGAUUCUUAAGGACUCCCAGCCUCGGUUCCCUAGAGUUUUAAAAAAUGUUUUAUUUUGGGGGCUGGUGGGAUA